AUGGCGGUCGAACUGUGCCUCCAGGCUGCCAAGUACUCGUACUUGGACGACCCCAAUGCCUCCAGCAAAGGCCGAUGGACUCACAUGCAACACAACAACCUGGCCGUGCUAUUGAAGGGCAACGAAACAAGUGGUGCGAUGGUCAUGACAAUCGUCAGUGGAACCUCGACGUUGGAAACCAUCGAUAUCGGCACAAACGUGGACUACGCACUGAGUGCUCGUAGAACUGCUGCACAGCGAGGUCUGGACGGUAUUCGUACAGAACAAUUGCCCAUCUACGGCAUGACUAAAGACGCAGCUUUGGCGCUUCGCUAUCGUCUUUUCGACAGUGGUGUGACUCGUAGGAUCCAAAUCCGGCUGCAAAGCGCUUCGGACUGCUCACAACUUCUUGCACCUCUUCGAAGGCGUGGUAUGGAAGUUCACGACCAGAGCGCAACUGGGCGACCGGCGACGUCGAAAAACGCACGCCCCGAUACCUCGCACACAGAUUUCCGUCCGUUGACGGCUCAAACCAGCUCUUCGUAUUUCACGGCUGAUCAGGGAUCACAUUAUGAUGACCAGAAGUAUCGACCAAAGGAAGAGAGAAGUACGCCUAUGCGACCUCCCAUCAAAGCACCUCCUCUCGCAGACGACGAGGAUUUCUAUGGUCGAAGCCUUCAACGUCAAGCGCACACGAAGCCCCCAGAGCGCGGAGAACCAACCUACUAUCGUGAUGGUGGAGGAUUUCGAUCGCACGGCCAAGAACAUCAAGCUGGUCCAAAACAGGAAAGUGGUGGGCGGCCCAUUAUCUGUCGGGACGAGGUACAAGCUCCGCGGGAUACUGUGCCAUCGAGACCAUCAACUGGUCAACUAUGGAGGUCUCAUACGACGAACCCAAACCCGGUGUAUACCUACCAACCUCAGGAAGCCGCAGCGGAUCCCAGAACGGUGAGACCUUCGUCGGCAUCGAACACUGCAGCUGUAGAUGCCAUACGCCAGGCGCUCGAAGACCGUGAGACUUCGUCAAAUGUGGGUGGUGAUACGAGACCUUCUACGGCUGUCACAGGUCAUGAACAAUGGCCCUCUGGUACUGCAAAUGCCCCCACUGGCCCUUACAUAUCCUCCGGAUCUCCUGAGCACCGGCCUCGAACCUCUGCAUCUGGCACGUCCCUCACAAUCCCAGAAAUCGGAGCCAAGUCACGAGGAUUGCAAAAAGAGGACGCUCAUAAGCGACCUGUAACGAGCAGCAGCUCUUCACGUCCUGGAAGCUCAGCGCUUGAGCUGCCGCCACUAAAGCGGCCGAAGAUGGUGAAAGAGACAUCUGCGCCUCGUGCUCAAGACCUCUAUUCCCAGCCAACAUACAUACGACCGCUAAGUGCGAAGCCACAGGACCUUCCCGUGCCGCCAGAACGUCGACCGUACACAAGCGCUUCAAGGCUUGAGAAUGCACAAGCUUUAGGAAGAGACAGCUCAUCGAUCGCCAGGCCUUUGGAGCCGCCUCAGCUGUAUGCUGGAGAGCAGACCAACGCACACUUGUCGCCAAUGGACGAUGUUCGUAACAAAGCAAAGCCUCUGGCAGAGCGGUCUGCCAAUACUGGUUUGCAGCGUUUGACAAGCCAUACUGAUGCUCCCCAUGAGAUCGAAUCGCCUUCGCCCAGUGCCCACCAAUCCGCGAGGCCUGUCGCUCCCGCCAAAGAUGACGCUCUUGGACGUGUAUCGAUGGCCCUCCAGUCGACAGGAGAUCUGUCUCUGGAGACGUAUGCAGCCCAGAGCAGAGCAGACAGAGAGGCUGCGCUUGCUGACUUCAUGAUCGACAACCUUGAGAACCCGGACUUUACCACGCUUUGCGAAGAUGUCGAAAACUGCUGGCAGAGAAUCAAUCUCGGGCUGUGA